UAUAAACGAUUUGAUUGUUCCGAUCUUCGUUUUUUGAUUACAAGUUUUGAAACAAAAUAUGAGCAUAUAAUAUAUCUAAUUAAAAUGAUGUUUGGUGAGCAUUCUAAAAUGCAGUUCAUAGAACAAACAAGAGCUGCAAGAGUAGAAAGAGCAAAUGAUCGUAAACGUGAGCAAUCUGCUAUCCUCGUUCAAUCUUGGAUCAGAGGAUGGCUAGUUCGCAAACGCACUCGAAACUUAAUCCUGCAACAAUUUGAUGAAACGUUUGAGAAUAUCAAUGAUUUGAAACCUGCUAUUACUGUUUAUUUAUCUGUGAAAAAAUUUUUGACUUAUUGGGAUGAAAAGAGAGAUAGACAAAGAUUUGAAAAACUCUGCAGAUAUAUAAUUCUUAGUCUGGAAUGUGAUGCAAUCAAACGUAGCUACAUAUCUGUAGCUUUGACUAGUGAGCAUGCAGUUAACUGGAUAAGUCAUGUCAAAGAAAUUCUGUCUAUUUGCCUAAUUUAUCUUACUAAACUUCAGCCCAAAUCAUUAGAAGAUUCUUCUUUUUUACACACCUUACUUCACAUGAUUGUAUCUUUUACAUCAACAUCAAGAUGGUCUGCCAUACAUUCAAAUAUUUCUUUGCAAGGAUUAAAACCUGGAUUAGAGCGUUUAACAGAAAAUUUGAUUGCACAUUUAUUGAAUAAAAAUGUGUUUAACACUAUGCAGACAUUGCUAAUAACUGGUUUAUCGGGCAUUAAAAUCUUAUUAAAACCUGUAGCUAUGACAGCUAUAAUGACUAUUUGCUGGAGAUGUUUAGUUUUGAGCAACUUUUCAACUAAAAUUGUCCAACUAUUUGUAAUAAAGAUUUAUUCUAUACCUUUAUUGGUAGAGCAUUUGAUAUCUCUCUCGCCUAAAAUUAUUGAAACAUUUAAUUCUGUUAAUCUACUUGAGAAGAUAAUGCAGUUAUUAAAUGAUCAAAAUCAAUGUGAUGAAAUAUUUCAUUCUUUACAUCCAAGUUGGUCUUUGUCAUUAAUUGCAAACAUUGUGCAUUUAGCUGAAUUAUGCGCAGAAACAGAUAAAUUUGAAAAUAAUUCUACAUCUGUUUUUAUUGUUGGCUUAACAACAUUUUUGGAUACUAUUAGAGUAAAUGUAGUGAAAAAACAUUCAAAUGUAUCUUGCGUUUGGCAUCCUGAACUUGGUUGGUUCACAGCAAAUUCAAAUUGUCAAUGUUCUCCUAAUAUACCACCUUUGAAAAAUCAAUUAAUUCCAUUAUGGUGUGGAACUUUAUGUUCCAAGUUACUUCGGUGUCAUCUAAUUAAUGCUUUAGCACAAAUACCCGAAAAUCAACAAGUACCAUCACCUCCUCCUAAAACAAAUAACCCUAUAGCAAUAAUCAAAAAAGCAUUUGAUUUGAGACUAUCCAGUACCAGUCAAUCAAGUUAUAAACUUACUGGAGUUCAUGGUACAAAGGUUUAUGUUAUCACGAGGACACAUUGUAUUUAUUAUGGAUUUUUGGCAUUUUUAGAUUCUCAUUGUGGUCUUAAGAACCUAUUGGAUAUUUUAGAAUGUGAUAAAAAUUGCAAUUCAGGAGAAUUGCGCAUGUUACAACUAUUCUGUGAUAGUAUGUCACAUUACAUAACUAUUCUUGAUGAUAUAGAAAUGUACGAGCAACAAAAACCAUUUGUGAUGCGUGACUACAUUUUAAUGUCUAGUUUUUUGAACAUAUUUCUUUAUAAAGGAAUAUCUCAGAAUUUAUUUAAUAUUCAAGAUAUAACUUCUUCAUCAUAUAGCUUGUUUCGAUCUUGUCGCACUCUUUUAAUGGUACUUUAUCGCAGGGAUUGUCGUAGAUCAUUUGCACCUGCAGGACACUGGCUGAUUGGUGAUCUUAAAACUUCUUCAUUUUUUAAUGAACUUAAAAAGGGUCGUAAAAUAUACUCGAUUUUAAUUCAAGAAAUCCCUCAUAUAGUUUCUCAUGAAACACGUGUUCGAUUAUUUAGAAAAUAUGUUUCUCGUGAAAAGUUUGCUUUGGGUGUACAUGAAUUACAUGAUAAUGAAAAUUUCAUGCCACCAAUAAUUACAAUACGGAGGAAUCUAAUAAUUGAAGAUGGUUAUACAUACGUCUCUGAAUUGCCACUGAAACGUUUCAAAGGUGUAAUUAGAGUAAAAUUCAUAAAUGAACAGGGAUUAGAUGAAGCAGGAAUUGAUCAAGAUGGUGUAUUUAAAGAAUUUCUUGAAGAAACUAUAAAAAGAGUAUUUGAUCCAUCAUUAAAUUUAUUUCGUACUACAGAUGAACAAAGGUUAUAUCCAUUGCCUUCAUCUCAUAUUCAAGAAAACCAUUUGAACUUAUUUGAAUUUGUUGGUCGCAUAUUGGGUAAAGCUGUUUAUGAGGGUAUUGUUGUUGACGUUCCAUUUGCAUCAUUCUUUUUAAGUCAAUUAUUAGGUCAAACUCAAGAGCUACUAUAUAGUUCAAUGGAUGAGUUGCCGUCAUUAGACAAUGAAUUGUAUAGAAAUUUAACAUCUGUUAAACAUCAUGAGGGCGAUGUUUCAGAUUUAGAUUUGAUUUUUUCAGUAGUUGAUAAUCACCUUGGUGAAUUAACUACUCAUGAUCUUAUACCCGGUGGAAGAGUCAUAUCAGUUACUAAUCAAAACAAGAUUAAUUAUGUGCAUUUAAUGGCACAUUAUGUAAUGCAUACUCAGAUCAAAGCACAAACAGCAGCUUUUAUCAAAGGGUUUAAAUAUGUAAUAAAUCCUGAAUGGUUAUCAUUAUUUUCUACUCCAGAACUUCAAAAACUAAUAUCUGGAGACAACACUCCUAUUGAUUUGCUUGAUCUCAGAAGAACCACACAAUAUUAUGGAGGAUUUCAUGACUCACAUCGUGUGAUUCUGUGGUUGUGGGAAGUUCUUCAAAAAGACUUCACAGAAAAAGAAAGAUCACUUUUCCUGAAAUUUGUAACAAGUUGUUCAAAACCACCUUUACUUGGAUUUGCAUACUUGGAGCCUCCAUUUUCCAUAAGAUGUGUUCAAGUAGCAGACGAUGACGAUUUUGGUGACACACUUGUUAGUGUUAUUCGAGGAUUCUUCACUAUUCGUAAAAAAGAUCCAAAUCUUAGACUUCCUUCAGCAUCUACGUGUUUCAACUUGCUCAAGCUUCCAAACUAUCAGAAAAAAAGUAUUCUUAGAGACCAACUUAGGCUAGGAAAAAAUGUCACCAACACCCCUCGUCCUCUAAAAAUCAUCCUUAAUUCUAAGGCUGAAGCAGCAUGCCUUCUGUCUUCGCUUAGUGAAGCUAGAAAGAGUCAUGUUAAUCUUCCCCCCGGCAUCAAAUUUGUUCGAGAUAAAUCUAAACUCGAACGUAAGUUACUACGUCAACUUCACGAAGAGCUAGAUCAUCGCAAACAAAAUGGGGAAAUUAACUUAUCCAUAAACUACAUCAACGGAAUUCCACAAAUCAUCUCUUCCAUCUCAAAAAACCACACCAGAGGGCGUCUCUCUCACACCAGUCAACUAGCCGCUUAA